UAUAAAAACUUUGUGCUGAUCACUGGAUUCAAACCUUUUUCCUAGCUAUAUAUGGAGUGUACAGUACUGAAUUAUUUCAAGAUAUAGAUGAAACUUGAAAGCAUCUUCCGACAUCUGUAAGUAGAAAGAGAUCUACUCCAAAACAACAUGGUCAAUUCACACGUUUUCUCUUGAGUUAGUGAUCAGUGUUUACACAUCUCUUGGAUAUAUAACUAAUUUUGUUUUUUCGAUCUCUAUCCAAAUAUUUCCCAAGAAAGAAACAACCAGAUACCACUUCACGAAAAAAAAAAAUCACACGUACAAUGUUCUUAUUCUUAUAAUGAAAAGAAAUAUAUUAUCAUAUAAUGUUCUUAUUCCUUCAAUUUUUCAGAGUAUCGGUUUAUGUUUCUUUGUAUUUUAAAAAACCAUCGAAAAAUGUUCUGGUUGUUGUGUUUUCUUCGAUUCCAUACAUGUGUUCCCGAAAAGAAACCAGCAACGAAUAUGUAACAUUCAUGCAUUUCCCUUCUUUAUUGUUUUUUAAUAUCAUAUGGGAUCUUUGUAUAGCGUUCAAUUUCAAGUUCUUCUGUUAGAUCGCUUUAUUAGUAAUCUUUAUAAUAUCCAUUCCAUAACUUGUUCAAAUUUACACAUAACUUAUUAGUAAAAAGGCCUUUUCACGCGUCUCUACAGUUUUAAUAACAAAAACUCUCAUAUAAGUGAAAUGAUUUUUACGUGUCUCGAAAAUUAUCAUACCUAAGAAAAUAAACAAGUUAAAAAGGAAAAUACAAAACUUCAAUUUGACGUUUUGUUAUUCGCUUAUUCGUCUACGUUCACAUAGACAAAAAUGCUUCUAUAAAACCUUCAAAAUUGCUCACUCCAAAACCCUAACUAUAAUCUCUCUCCAACUCAUCUUCGUCUUCUUUGUUUCUAACGUUCAAAGCGUACUCAAUUUGAAACAAUACAAAACCUGAAACCCUAAGAUCUAAUACAAAUCCAAACCUCCUAAUAAAAAAAUAAGUGAUUCAAGAGAUUUAAAAAAAGAUGAUGCCCUUUGGAGCAGGUGAAUCGGAUGAAAGGAAAGAAGCCGAUGAUGAGGAGAACAUAUUUCCUUUCUUAUCAGCCCGAUCCCAAUACGACACACGUGCCAUGGUCUCAGCCUUGACUCAAGUCAUUGGAAACCAAAGCAGCACUCAUGAUAGUAAUCAACAACCCCCUGUAGAGUAUAAUCAACAAGAUCCUAUCCAACAUGUUCCUCCUACUCAAGAUCAAGGAAACUUGAGGAAGAGGCAUUAUAGAGGGGUAAGGCAACGGCCAUGGGGAAAAUGGGCUGCCGAAAUUCGGGAUCCACAAAAGGCAGCUCGAGUGUGGCUCGGGACAUUUGAGACCGCUGAAGCUGCGGCCUUAGCUUAUGAUGAAGCAGCUCUUAAGUUCAAAGGAAGCAAAGCCAAGCUCAAUUUCCCUGAGAGAGCUCAACUAGCAAGUAACACUAGUACCAUUACCGGUCUACCAAACUAUCACUCUUCUAAUAAUCAAAUGUAUUACUCAAAUCCGCAGACCAAUCCACAAACCAUGCCAUAUUAUAACCAAUACUACUAUAACCAAUAUCUUCAGCAAGGAGGAAACAGUAACGAUGCAUUAAGCUAUAGUUUGGCCGGUGGGGAAACUGGAGGUUCAAUGUAUAAUCAUCAGUCAAUAUCUAAUACAACUUCUUCAUCUUCUGGUGGAUCUUCAAGGCAACAACAAGAACAAGAUUACGCCAGAUUUUGGCAUUUUGGGGAUUCUUCUCCCAGUUCAGGUUUUUGAGAUUCUCAUAAAAGUAAUAAGGGAUUUCGAGCGACUUGUUGAGAAGAUCAUAUGUUCCUUGAGUGUUUUCUAUUUUCGUUAUGCAUGUGUGUUGUUUCUGAUCAUUUUGUUUAUUUCUUCUUUCAAGAAUUUUCUUGGGGUUCUUUGUUAACAAUCCUUGGAUUUGGAUUUAGUUUCAUACUAUAAUAAAUUCGCUGAUUCAAAAGUGACAUCCUUAAUUAUUGGAUUAGUCUCAAA